UCUGUAUGCGUGUAUCCGGCUCGUCUUCAUGGACUGGAGCUGCGCAGUCUUCAGGAGCAGCAGUUCACCUGCGACGGCCCGCUGGAGCUCCCCGUCUUGCAGCUCAUCCCGACCCAGCGGCAGCUGGUGUUUCGCGGGGACCGUCUGCCGCUUCAGUGCACUGCCUCGUACCUCGACCCAUCUGUCAGACUGUCCUGGAGCCACGAGCAGCGUCCCGUCCACACACUGGAGGACAGAGGGCUGUACGUGGAGGACAGCAUCAUUCACGACUGCUGCCUCAUUACCAGCGAGCUCAUCCUGUCCAACAUCGAUGCCGGCGUUUCCGGAAAUUGGCAGUGUCACGUGACCAGUUCCCGUGGCAACAGCUCAAUCGGCAUGGAGAUCGUGGUGCUGGAGACGACGGCGCUGUACUGCGCGGCCGAGAGGGUCAGUAGCAACAAGGGCGACUUCAGGUGGCCGAAGACGUUGGCUGGUUUCAUGGCCUUCCUGCCGUGUGCUGUGUCCAGCUCUAGCUCCGCCCCUCAGGAGAAGAGGGCGUGGUCCCGCUCUGACUCCACCUCUCAGGAGAAAAGGGCGUGGCGCAGGUGCGACCGCAUGGGCCGCUGGGCGGAGCACGACUAUAACCAGUGCUCAUACGUGAGCCAGUUCACCCGCAGCCUGCAUGAGCUCACACAGAUGUCGGUGAACGUCUCCAGCGCUCUGGCGUUGGCGCAGCAGCUCUCGUCUCUCACCAGCAGGGCGGCGCUGUUUGGAGACAUGAUGGAUGUGAUAUUUGUCACUCAUCUGGUAGAAAGACUCACACGCCUGGUGGAUCAUGUGAGAGAGUUAGCCGAUCACGUGUUGGACGUGGCCAGUAACAUGAUGGCGGUGGAGGAACAUGUUCUCUGGAUGGCUCAGAACGAGGCUCGAGCGUGUUCACGGAUCGUCCAGUGUGUGGAGCGGAUCGCAGACCUCUCGCUCAGCACAAACACCACCGGCAUCUCAAAGGUUUCGGCUAACAUCGCUCUCGAGGCGCUGGCGCUCCGGCCUGACUCUCUCAUGGGUUUAUUGUGUACGGUGAUGCAGCGGGCUCCUCUGCUGCCCCCGGUGGCCAAUGGAGGUCACAGCGGCGCCGCAUCCGAGCACAACACCCUCCUCAACUUCACAUGCCACACGGUUAACAUCUCCGGGUCACCCAUGGGUCAGCUCAACCAGAACACGUUGGCCAUCGCCUCCAUACAUUUCCCGCUGGCUGGCCCCCGGUCUGGGGAGAACUGCACCUGUAAGCUGCAGCUGAUCGUCUUCCGCAAUGGAAAACUCUUUCCGUGCACGGGGAAUUCGUCAAAUCUUGCGGACGAUGGCAAGCGCAGAAGCGUUUCGACACCAGUUGCGUUCACCAAAUUAGGAUUUGAAGAAGGUGCUGUCGUUCCCUCCAUAUCCGGGAGAGUUCCUGCAUCCGGUGGUGUACGCCUGCACAGCCGUCAUGCUGCUCUGCCUGUUUGCCUCCAUCAUCACCUACAUAGUGCACCACAGGUGUUUACCACAAUCCGGAUCAGUCGGAAAGGAUGGCACAUGCUUCUCAACUUCUGUUUCCACACGGCCCUGACGUUCGCCGUGUUCGCCGGAGGCAUCAACCGAAUCAAAUACCCCAUCAUCUGCCAGGCCGUCGGUAUCGUCUUGCAUUACUCAUCUCUGUCCACGAUGCUCUGGUUGGGCGUCACGGCACGAAACAUCUACAAACAAGUGUCCAAAAAACCGCAGAAAGCGCAGAACGGAGACCACGCGCCGCCUCACCCCGCCCGAUCACCCAUGCUGAGGUUUUAUUUAGUGAGCGCAGGAGUUCCCUUCAUCAUCUGCGGCAUCACAGCAGCCAUCAACAUCGAGAACUACGGCAGCGGAGAGCAGACGCCGUUCUGUUGGAUGGCAUGGGAGCCGAGUCUGGGGGCCUUCUACGGCCCCGUGGGCUUUAUCGUCCUGGUGACCUGCGUCUACUUCUUGUGCACCUUCAUCCAGCUGCACAAACACCCCGAGCGGAAAUACGAGCUGAAGGCGGUGAGCGAGGAGCAGCAGCGGCUCUCCGACCUCCACCAGGGGGAGCCGGCGAGCAGUCAGUGUCACGGCGGCUGCCCGGGUCUCAUUAACCCGUCCACGCUGGCCAACGAACACUCGUUUAAAGCCCAGCUGCGGACGGCGGCGUUCACGCUGUUUUUAUUCGCAGCCACGUGGACGUUCGGCGCACUGGCCGUAUCGCAGGGUCACUUUCUGGAUAUGAUCUUCAGCUGCUUGUACGGGGCGUUUUCCGUCACGCUCGGGUUGUUCGUUUUGAUUCACCACUGCGCGAAACGCGACGAUGUCUGGCACUGCUGGUGUGCAUGCUGCCCCGGGCGACGCCCCUCCAACGCAUACCACGCCCACAGCCACGCCCACAAAGUCAACAUAAAUGGCGAUGCCCACUCCCACUGCCAUCUGGACGCCGGGAAACCCGCUCACUGCACGUGCCGCACCGCCACGCAGAAUCACGUGACCUGCCUGACGCCGGUUUCGCCGUGUUGCGCCGCUCUGCACACGCAGCAGCUCCUAGAGGACGAAACCAGCGCGCAUGUGCUCCUCCACGCCGACCCUGAGGGAUACCGGCCCGCCAUGCGCUUGCACCGCUGCUCCAAGCCCGUCAGGACUAAAACGAGGCGGCAACGUGAACUAGCGUUCCGUAUUCCCUCCGACGGUGCUAGUGCGCACAGCUCGCGCGCAAACAGCCCACACACCCACAUCUGCCACCUGGCUCACGAAGGGCAUCACGUUUGCCCUCACGAGGCGCUCACGCUCUGCCACCACCAUCACAUGUGUUGCGCGAAAGAUGAGCUCCUCGACACGGGCGAGAGCUUCCAGUGCGGAAAGCUCACGGGGGACGAUUUGCAUCACGCGCACAUAGAGUUGCAUGCACGCAGACAGUCGCUAGCCAAUCAGAACGGCAUCCUGAAGGGAAGCGUGCCGGUGCACGAGGCGCUGCUGUAUCCACCCGACAGCACGGGGAAUAUACGCACGGGACCCUGGAGAAAUGAAACUACCGUGUAGUUCGAGUGAACUCCAACACUAGGAUUUAAGAAAGCAACUUUUAUUUUUUUUUUAGUACCAUCACAAGCUCUUUCCUGCAUCAUUCGUUGCACAGGAUGAUUGCAGCGGUUCUGCGGAUCGUACAAAUGUGAGAACGAAAAACCCGGGGCCUCAUUUAUAGAGUGAUCCUUAAUGUUGAACGUAUGACUGUUUUUAAAAUGUUCUUGUAAAUGGUUUAAGUCCCAAAUUCCCAAAUACAUCCCUUAUUAUAAGUCGCAGUUAAUUUCAAGCUUAGUGUGAACAAGCACAUCAACGCCAUCUGCAAAAUGCCCACAAAUACAUCUUUAUGGUUGAGAAGUUGUACAGCCAUCAUCAUCAAUGGGCAAGGAAAUCCAA